AUGAUGCUUGUUUCAAAGGCCAGGUUUGGACCCUCCAACAAAUCCAUGCCUGUCUCGGCUUUGGGGCCAGUGUGGAGGGUCAAUUUUCCCAGUCGCUUCGGCAGAGAUGCCCUGUGCAACGAUAUCUUUGUUUCCUCCUCAACAGAUAACUCCUCCCAGAUAUCGCGACUUAGGCUGAUCAACGUUCAUCUCAACUCACUCGCCCUUGAACCUUCAAGGCGCCCUAAGCAACUGUCAAUCACUGCAGAAAUGUUGAGAGAGACUAGAAAGGGUCUGAUCGCUGGUGAUUUCAAUCCUGUCCUUCCUGAGGAUAAGACACUUGUCGCAGAUAAUGGUCUUGUGGAUGCUUGGGUCAAGCUGCACGACUCUGAGCCGGGGUUCACUUGGGGUGUUAGUGGAAAACAGGCCUUCCCGCCAGAUCGGCUCGACAAGAUUGCUAUGCUGGGCUUACAACCGCACGAAAUCGAGGUCAUGCAUCCCGGUGUAAUUGAGAAGGAGGAGUUUGGGGUUGGACAAGUCCCUUGGAGCGACCACUCUGGGUUGAGAUGUACCUUUGAGGUCUGA